UACGCUGCCCUUUCCCUCCCCCACCUGCCUCUGCCUUUCACACAUCGUCCGUCCAGUACCCAGCCUGGGAGGUGUUGCCUGAGAUUUUGCCUCCUGGAGGAGAAUGUGGCCUCAAGGGGCCAUCUUUGUGGCCCUGCCCCUCCUGGGGCCCAUCCUGGUCUGGCUCCUCGCCCCUCACAGGAUGUCUGGCUGGUGUGACAGCCCGAGGAAACUGCCCUGGUGCCCACCCCACAAAAUCUUGCUGCUUGUGUGGACCGCCAUCUACUCUAUCAUAGGCUAUGCCUCCUACCUGGUGUGGAAGGACCUGGGAGGGGGCUUCGGGCGGCACCUGGCCCUGCCUCUCGGCCUCUAUGCUGUGCAGCUUGCCAUCAGCUGGACCGUCCUGACUCUCUUUUUCGCAGCCCACACCCCUGGUCUGGCCCUGCUGCACCUGUUGCUGCUCUACGGGCUGGUGGUAACCACGGCGCUGAUCUGGCACCCCAUCAACAAGCUGGCCGCCCUGCUCCUGUUGCCCUACCUGGCCUGGCUCACUGUCUCCGCUUCCAUCACCUACCGCCUGUGGAGAGACAGUCUUUGUCCAGAGCACCAGCCUCAGCCCGAGGUGGAGAAGAGCGACUGAGGCACCGGGGCACAGGGAAGGAGGGGAAGGCCAGGGAGGGUGGAAGAGACUGCAAGCAGGCUGGGGGAUCUGGGGGGAGUGGGAGGUGGCCAGGCAUUGACGAGUCCCUGAAGGUGAUUCACCCCAAUGCGGCCACUGUCCUCACUCCCCUGGUGCCAGUUUUCAUUAGAAUUCAGAGAAAUGGGAAAGAGGAAAGAAACUUAUUUUACACUUAAUAAAAGAUAAUAAAUCCUAUAUUAAUAAGUAUUAAUUUAGUAAUAUCAAUUAAUAAAACGCUGAGACUAACUUUGGA